CUGCUCAGUUUCGUUUCGUCGCGGGCCUGGGGCGGUCUCGGGGCAGUGGCUGCCACCGCCGUUCCAGCGCGUCCCGUCGCGUCCCCAGGAGCGCCAUGGCGGAGCUGGUCCCCCUGGCCGAGGAGCUGUCGUGCUCCAUCUGCCUGGAGCCCUUCAAGGUGCCGGUCACCACCCCGUGUGGCCACAACUUCUGCAGCUCGUGCCUGGACGAGACGUGGGCCGCCCAGGGCCCGCCGUAUCUGUGCCCGCACUGCCGCGCAGUCUACGACGCGAGGCCGCAGCUGCGCAAGAACACGGUGCUGUGCGCGGUGGUGGAGCAGUUCCUGCAGGCGGAGCAGGCCCGGGCGGCGCCCCCGCCCCCCGACGGCUGGAAGCUGCCCGCCCGCACCUCCGCGUACAGCCCGGCGGGCCAGGUGGCCUGCGACCACUGCCUGAAGGAGCCCGCCGUCAAGACGUGCCUGGUGUGCAUGGCCUCCUUCUGCCAGGAGCACCUGCAGCCGCACUUCGACAGUCCCGCCUUCCGGGACCACCAGCUGCAGCCACCCGUCCAGGACCUGAUGCGCCGCAAGUGCCCCCAGCACAACCGGCUGCGGGACUUCUUCUGCCCCCAGCACGACGAGUGCAUCUGCCACAUCUGCCUGGUGGAGCACAAAGCCUGCUCGCCCGUGUCCCUGAGCCAGGCCAGCGCCGACCUGGAGACCAAGCUGAAGCAUAAACUGACCGUCAUAUACAGUCAGAUCAACGGCGCAUCGAGGGCUCUCGAGGACGUGAGAGCCAGGCAGCGGGAUGUCCGGGAGACAGCACAUCAGAAGACAGAACAGCUUCGACAGGAAUACAUGGAAAUCAAGGCGCUCAUCGAUGCCGCAGAGGCCACCUCCACACGAAAGAUAAAGGAAGAGGAGAAGAGGGUCAAUACCAAGUUCGACAACAUCUACCAGAUCCUUCUCAAGAAGAAGAGUGAGAUCCAGGCUCUGAAGGAGGAAGUUGAGCUUGCCCUGACCAAGGGGGACGAGUACGAGUUUCUGGAGAAAGGGACAAAACUGCAGGGCAUCUCCACAAAGCCAGUCUACGUCCCCAAGGUGGAGCUGAACCAGGAACUGAUAAAGGGUGUCUGCCAGGGCACCUCAGACCUCAAAGCUGAGCUGAAGCGGUUUAUCAGGCAGUCCCAGGACAAGAAGCCCGAGGAACCCACUGGCUCAGGGAACCUGGGAGAGCAUGGCCCAGCAUCCACGCACAAACCCGUACAGUCCGCGAAAAAGGUCCCGAAGGAAGAAAAGAAACCCAAGAAACCUCCCCCAGCCCCUGCCACCAAGAUGCCCACCUUCGGGGUCCCGGAGCAGUCACCAGGUCUAAAACAACCUGGCAUGGAGAAUGUAGGCAAAGCCACCACCGUGCAGCCGGAUGCGGUGGCCCUCAAGGCCAAGGUGCUGGAGACCUUCUUAGCCAAGUCCAGGCCUGAGAUCCUGGAGUACGCCGUUAAAUUCAGCCUGGACUACAACACCGCGCACAACAAGGUGGCCCUGUCGGAGAACUACACCGUCGCUUCUGUGGCGGACGCACCCCUGGCCUACCAGCCGCAUCCCAAGAGGUUCGCGUACUGCUCGCAGGUGCUGGGCCUGCACUGCUACAAGAAGGGCAUCCACUACUGGGAGGUGGAGCUGCAGAGGAACAACUUCUGCGGCGUGGGCGUCUGCUACGGCAGCAUGCCGCGCCAGGGCCCCGAGAGCCGCCUCGGCCGCAACAGUGCCUCGUGGUGCGUGGAGUGGUUCAACACCAAGAUCUCUGCGUGGCACAACAAUGUGGAGAAGACGCUGCCCCCCACCAAGGCCACGCGGGUCGGCGUGCUUCUCAACUGUGACCAUGGCUUCGUCAUCUUCUUCGCCGUCGCCGACAAGGUCCAUCUGAUGUACAAGUUCAAGGUGGACUUCACGGAGGCGCUGUACCCGGCCUUCUGGGUGUUCUCUGCCGGAGCCAUGCUGUCCAUCUGCUCCUACAAGUAGGCGGGCCCCAGGCCGCGGCCACAGAGCCUCAGGCCGACCUCUCCGCGAGCCUCCUGAGACUCCCAAGGGUUGAGAGUGUGGGAAGGGACCUGGUGGAAGGCGGAGGGUCGGGGGAUGGGGUACAAGGAGAGAUCUGGCGGGGGGAAGGGGUGAGGGUGAUGGCAUGGUGGGCCAGGAAGCACUGCCACCUCCUGGUGCCCGUCCCAGGGCAGGGUGACCGCCUCCUCCUUGUUCUGGUAGGUGUCCGGGUGCUGGCACCGGAUGGGGCUUUGGGGUGCCCUUUCCUCCAGGAGGGGGUCUGUAGCCGCGGCACGCUCUUUCUCAGGCGACAUGGUAUAAGUGCCUUUGUUCUCUGGAGUGUUUUGAUGAUUCUCUAUAGGGCUAUUCAGCUCAAUAGAUUUAAAAAAAAUUCCAAAGUAAUUGAAUUUCAAUAUUAUUCACCCAACCCCCCACCCCCGGCUCACAUGUGGGGAUUUGGGUGUAUGCUCGGACUCCUGGUUAUUUUCUGUCCUUAAGAGAAACUACCCAUGGCAGGUCUCCACCCAGAUCAGAGUUUCUGGAAGAAGUGUGUCCUCUCCCUCCAUUGGAAAAUAGCCCUGCUCCCCUUCCUCUCCUCGUACCUCACACCCCGCCUAUGGUUUUCCAAAUGUUUAAUGCAACAGGAAGCUUUUCAGGCUAAGGUUCUGAACCGUGAUCUGAGUCAGCCUUUGUGGAAUUUGUGAUUCAAGGUCAGGGUGACCCAGGUCCCACAGAUGCAAACCCCUCCCAUUCCCACUCUUGGCAGACAUUCUUUGGCUGUACCCACAGAGCCUCGUGGGAGGCCUUCUUCCCAUAGCUUAGGCUUUGGGGCAAGGAACUCCACAGGGCAAGAGCGACCCUGCUCUGGGUUGACGGAGUGGUGGUUUUGCUCUUAGCAGAGUGUCGUCUUGCCUUCUUACUGAUAACCGGGCUCAGUGAUCGCCUCUGCUCCCCAGGACUGUGAGAUCCUGGGCUGGCUGGUGGAGCUGCCUUGGUGGCCAGCACAGUCCGAGUGGACAGCUGGGCUUGAUACCUGUAGCCUGUAAUUACACGAACAGGUCAUGCGGGUCUGCCUCGGGGACCACGCUAGCUCACCUGCUGGGGUGACUACCUAUGGCCCAAAGUGUCUUCUAGCAGAUCCCUGGGAAGCAGCAGCAUUCCUGUUUAUCCCCGGCCACCGGCUGCACACCCCGUGCUGGCCCUCAUGGGAGUCAGAUGCCUGUCACUGGCUCUAGCCCCUUGUCUUUUCCUCCUUUGAACUAAUUCCAGAUAUGGGGAUUGACCAGGCCACGGGGGCACAGAGACUUUAAUUAAGGGCCAGGGAGAGAACGUGACACAGGGCUCAAGCACAAGGGGCUAACUUUCCUGCAGUGCUUCUGUGCAGUGAAAAUAACCCCAGUCUGCGAAAGGGGAGGAGGGAAUGGAUUGCCAGAAUUUCCUGAGCUCCUUAUCUCCUGAUGUUGUCAGGAUGUAAAUUCCCAAUCCAGAAAUGGGAGGAAUUUAGCCUCCUGUUGGUGAAAUGAAUCCUGCUCUGGCCUUUCCUAAGAGGGGGAGCUUGGAUCAGGGUCUCUGUGGUAUAAAAAAGGGGUCACCAUUGGGGGCAUGGGGACCCCAGACCUCUCCUAUGAGUAUUUGAGAAUGUAACACAUCUUUGGCCUUGCUCUGGAAUUCUAGGGCACUUCAAUCAGGCCCGGAGCACUGGAAAUUCCUGACAGAGGUGUUCCGUGUCCUCUCCUGGCAAGGGCUUUCACUUCCUUGGGAGGGAGAUGAUCUUUGUAGGGAGGAGAUCCCUGCAGUAGCCAAGAUGUGGUUUUUUAAAAAGUCUUCCUCCUUUGAUCCUGGGAAGAAGAGUUCUUUGGUGAUUCUUCUCUGCUGUUGGCCCAGGUCAAAGCAUCUUCAUUGAUCUUCUGAAACAAAAGCCUUGUCUGAAGCCAAUUCCUCCUUGGAAACAGCUGGGCUGAGAGGAGGAGAAUGCCGAAGACGAAUCUGGGGGUCCCGCCGUGGCUGUCUUCUGCCGAGCUGAGGGCAACAGAGCGCUUUUCGCCUGGGGUCAGACAGCUCAGGGCAGGGGAGCAUGGUUCCCUCUGUGCACGAGAGAGGCAAGUAGGUAACCCAAGCUGAGGUCUGUGCAAGGUGCUCUGGAGACUUAAGCCCUUGCUAUCUCGAGCCAUUCUGUUUGUGGUGGUGAGACGUAGCGUUCCCUCACCACUGCCCCGCGCAGAGUCCUCGAGGUUGGGGCAACUUUGUAUUCAUCUGACUUCUCCUUUCGCAAGUAAGUCAGAUGAGGAGGUCUUGGAUUCCUCCGCUUGCUACUCUUUCCAUCCCAUCAUGGAGGAGACGCCCCCUGGUGCCCUGGGGAAGAGUCAGAAAUCCCCAGAAACACAAACAUAAAACUACUACCCCAGACGCAGGUAUCAGGGACUGACUCUGCCACUCUGGCAUGAGCAGGUCAGGGUCAGGGGUUUGUAUUAUUCAAGACCGGCCGGUGCCUCUGUUUUCAUUACUCUGAAAUGGAUCUGUGAUCUGUAACUAAUAAUGCGAUGUCAUCACUUUAUCCCGCCCAUAUUGAUUUUAGUUAAUUUGGAAUAUUCGAGCUAUUAUUUCAUGAGCUGAUUUUUUAAAGGAGUCGAUUUUUCAGGACACAAUUAGGCUGUAGGCAUGGAUCUUUUGAAAACCCACGAGAACGACUAGGGCUGAGGCUGGUUGACAUGCCUUGGACUCUGUGAUUGUAACAAAACAGCGGCUGGUACUUCUCCCACCCCAGGCAUUGUAUGCAGUGUCUACUACACGCUGAAGAGUCUUGCAUUUUCUAAGUUCUGUGAGUUCUUGUUAAUUUUUUAAAAAACGUUCUCGUGAAUUCUUGAGCCCGAGGGAGGUCAUAUGCCACAGUUGGGAUGUUUGUGUUGCUUCAGAAAUCAUACAUUGAAACCUAACCCCCAAUAUAAUGGUAAGGGGUGGAGGGAUUAGGUCAUGAAAGCGGAGCCCUCGGGAAUGAGAUGAGUGCCCCUAUAAAGAGAUCCCCCUAGAGCUCCCUCACCCCUUCUGCCAUGUGGGGCCCUAGCAAGAAGAUGGAUGUCUGAAUUAGGAAGCAGUUCCUCACCACGCUUCGAAUCAACGAGCACUGGAUCUUGGCUGGAUCCUCCAGCCUUCAGAACUGUGAGAAAUAAAUGUGUGUCAUUUAAGCCA